CCCCCAAUGCUGACGUGUAAAUGUCAACAACGCGAGGCUGGCUGCGUUGUCGUCUUGCGUAUUUCUCGUUGUUAGUUGGAACGUAACUGUUGAUUAAAAGACACGCAAACAAUGGUGUCAAUUCAGCGAACGGAGUCGGAAUGGCAAGCGCUCGUGAACGAGUACGUGGUGUGCAAGCGCAAGCUGGAGAGCAAGAAAGAGGCACUGCUAAUUCUGUCCAAGGAGCUGGACUCAUGUCAGCAAGAACGCGACCAGUACCGCCUCAUGGCCAACCAGCUGCGGGAGAAACAUCAAGCAGUGCGGCAUAAGUACCGGGAGCUUGUGGAGGGCGACCCUACUCUUCCUCCAGAAAAACGGAAUCAGGCAAACCUUGCACAGCUGCUGAGUGACUCGCGAGAGCAGAACAAACGCCUCCUGGAGGAAAGCAAGGAGCUGAAGCAGAGGUUGUCUGAGGCACAGGGAGACAUUAAGCUCCUGCGCAUGACGAUAGCCCGACAGCGCCUGGGAGACGAGGAGGUCGGAGCGCGUCACUUCCCGGCGCACGAACGAGAAGAUCUCGUCCAGCAGCUGGAGACAGCGCGAGAGCAGACCGAGAGGCAGGAAAGGGAGCUGCAGGCGGCCUUGGACGAGCUGGAGGAGAUGCGCACGGAGCACGCCUUCCACAAGGCCAAGGCUGAGCGCCUCAACCUGGAACUCAACCAGGUGUUGGGUGGCCACGAGAACCGGAUUGUGGACGUCGAUGCCCUCUGCAUGGAGAACAGGUAUCUCCAAGACAGGCUAAAACAGAUGCAGGAGGAGAAGAUGAUCCUGAAGAGCACCAUCUCCAAGUACAAGGGGGCCCUCGAGCGAAGGAAGGCUCCUAAAAACACAGUGAAAGUUGGCAGCAGUGGACUAACUGGCAUCCUGUCAGCCAAGCAAGUGCAGGAGAUGCUCGCGGAGGAACGGUCCCCGUGCCUCCCGCUCACCCAGCAGUCCUUGUCAGACCUGCGCUCGCUCGCCCUCGCGCUGCUGGAGACGAUCCACGACAAGAACAUGGCCCUACAGCACCAGCGCAAGACCAACAAGAUCCUGGGCACACGAGUCGCUGAGCUGGAGAGGAAGUUAAAGACUCUGGAAGUGUCGGGGCUGUGGUGUCUUCCUGGCCGGACCUACAGUGUGUCUGUGGGCAUAGGUAGCAAAGAUCCCAUGCUCAAUGGGGCUGGAAGCUUAAAAUUGAAUUCAGACCUCAAGCCUCCUCUGCAGCCCAUGGUGCUCAGCAGUGCAACUGCAGGUGCUUCCGGUGUUGGCGUUGCGCCUCAGGACUCCACCAGCCUGGGGCUCUGUCGGCAGGAGGCAGAGGGGCAGGAGAGAGAGGCCUCGGCCAGGAGGCCAGACGAACCGGCUUGCACGUACAGCCACUCGGAUACCAGCGAGGCGCAGUCACAAUUCCUCGGCUUGACCACAGAAGCUGGCGCUGCUGCUCAACCAGUACUUCCUCACGACGGAAACGGCGCAUCCGAGCGUGCGAGCAAAAACGCCGACGGCGUGUCGAACCUCCCGUUUCAGGAUGUCGGCCGUGAGGAGCAGCCGUGCCAUGCAGCGAUGCACAAAACGUGCAAGACUCUGGCCGAACUGGCGAUGUUAGGAGAAGGGGCGUCCGCUCAUAACGCAGUGGCGGGGCUGUCGGUGGCACAAAUAUUGUCUGCCGAGCAGGAUUUAGAAGAGGAUGCCGACGUCCUGGAUAAAGCUCUCUUCGUUGUGGAUGACAUUGAGCAACGUGGGGCAGAAGUGGUGCGUCUUUCUGAAGCAAUGGCAGAAGUCAAUUUGGCAGAAGACCUGGUUUGUGAAGGGCUUGGCGAAGUGGAUGGCAGCCAGACGAAGGGAGAUAUCAUCCUGCAGGAUAAGCAAGAAGAUUGCGAAGAUGCUAUGUCUGACUUCCUGUCUCCUCCUGCCAGCCCUAGCCCGAGUUCUCUAUGAAAUACACCCAGCAUGUUCUCUGCCCCGGUGCUCGAGGCUGACAGCGGGGUGAUGGGGCCAAAGGAACACGUUCGACUGUAUCGUCUGGCCCGGUGUGCAGAUCCCCGGGUGGAUUUAUCCAUCGCAAAACCUUGAAAUCUGGCAAUGGCCUUUGGGAGGCCUGCAUUGACCAGUGAAUUGAGCGUGGGUGAUGAUGUGCCCUGUUGAACUCCAGCCACGGUGACAGGGACAUUGUGUCUUGGGAUCAUAUUUACUACUGUUGCAUGUUUACUUGCAGAUGUCUAUGUUGUUUGAUGUACAGUAUUUAAUUAGCGUGAUAAAAAAAACUAUCGUAUCGUGUACCGCAUUUAGUUGUGUGCAACACGGUUUAAAAGUUUGUGGAGGGUUAUUUUUCUUUAAAUAUUAUAAUAAAUGCGUAACGAAGAAGGGAAUUAAGUGGGUGUUUAGUGGAGAUUUAUUUUUCAAAAAUAAUUUCUGCAUAUCUUGGCAAUCGGGUAAUUAACAGUUGCAGAUAGUAUAUUGUACAUGGUACAUAAUGUAUUGUUUUCGCAUGUACAAUUGAAGACUUACUGUGCACCAUUAAUUUAUCAAUCAAAAAUAAAACUUAAUUUAUGA